AUGAACUGGUUGAGCAGGAAACUGUAUCUGUACAGCGUCACGGUGGGGGUCUACGGCCUGGAGUGGUGGGAGCGCUGCAGCUUCAGUAUGAAGAAGCUCAUUCCUUCUCUCUCUCUCUCUCUCUCUCUCUCUCUUCCUUCCUUUUCCUUGGUCUGAAUCCAUUCAUUCGACCGGUCGCACCUUCCGCAGACGCGCUGCUGCUGCUGCUGCUGUGGGUCGCCCUCUCCGCCGCCCUGAGGGCGUCCCUGCAGAUCUACAGCGGCUCCACAGUAAAAGAGGAGAACAAAAGAUGAGAAGAAAGCGGAGCAGAGCAUAGCAGAGAAGGAGGAGGAGAAGGAGAAAGAAAAAGAUUUUCUUCAUCUCCUCUGUGGCCUUACCUUCUGGGGAAGUUCAUUGACUGCAAUCCGUCAACUGCCAACUACCCGCUGCAGGAAACGUAGUGAAUGCAGCAUUUAAUGGAACCCAAGGGGAGCAUUUAAUGCCAUCAGUUCUCCAUCCCGACACCCCCGGCGGAUCUGGGGGUGCCGUAUGGAUGAAAUGA